AUGGGUUUUGGGGAAUUGGUGGGAGAAGAGGUGGUGGUGAUAGUGAAGAAGCUGAGUUGUUACGUUUUAGGGAUAUUUGUUGACCCCGGGUAUAUUCCUUGGUCGCUACCUAAUAGCAUCAUACUAGCAAUAUCUCCAGCCAACCAAGAUAUCGCUACAUCUGAUGCUAUCAAACUUGCACGGAAAGUGGAUCCAGCAGGUGAACGAACGUUUGGGGUGAUGACAAAGCUUGAUUGGAUGGACAAAGGAACUAACGCUUUGGAUGUUAUUGAAGGAAGAUCUUAUCGCCUACAACAGCCUUGGGUUGGAGUUGUGAACCGUUCCCAAGCAGAUAUUAAUAAAAAUACGGACAUGAUUGUCGCAAGGCGCAAGGAACGUGAGUACUUUGCAACCAGUCCUGACUAUGGGCACUUGGCUAAUAGAAUGGGUUCAGAGUACCUUGCUAAACUUCUGUCACAGCACUUGGAGUCUGUAAUUAGGGCUCGUAUCCCAAGUAUCACAUCCUUGAUUAACAAAAGCAUUGAUGAACUUGAAUCCGAGAUGGACCAUCUUGGUAGGCCUAUAGCCGUUGACGCUGGGGCUCAAUUAUACACUAUACUGGAACUUUGCCGUGCAUUUGACCGAAUAUUUAAAGAGCACUUAGAUGGAGGGCGACCCGGAGGUGAUAGGAUUUAUGGUGUCUUUGACAACCAGCUGCCUGCUGCUUUGAGGAAGCUUCCAUUUGAUCGACAUCUGUCCAUGCAGAAUGUAAAGAAAGUGGUUUCAGAGGCUGAUGGUUAUCAGCCUCACUUGAUUGCCCCAGAGCAAGGUUACCGCCGCCUUAUUGAGGGAUCACUGAAUUACUUUAGAGGUCCAGCUGAGGCUUCCUUGUAUUCAGUCCACUUUGUCUUGAAAGAACUUGUGAGAAAGUCAUUAGCAGAAACUCAGGAAUUAAGACGGUUUCUGACUCUGCAAGCUGAAAUAGCGGGUGCAGCUAAUGAAGCAUUGGAAAGGUUCCGUGAUGAGAGUAAGAAGUCAACUCUGCGCUUAGUGGACAUGGAAUCCUCAUACUUGACUGUGGAAUUCUUUCGAAGACUUCCACAGGAAGUGGAGAAACCAGUUGGCCCAGGAGGAAAACCAGGACACCCGGGAGGAAAUCCAGCUGCCAAUGCUGCUAUAGACCGUUAUUCGGAGGCUACUAUUGUGUGA